AGCUCCAGAAGGAGAGAGCCUUGUGUGGGAGCCAGAAGAGAGAGCAGAGCUGGCAGUGGGCAGGGAGGCAGCGGAGCUCCGGGCAGGGGUGAUGGUGCUGCCUGGAUGAACUCUUCGGUGGCCCGCAUCCUUCUUGCCGCUGCUGCCCGGUCUGGACCAGAGGUCUCCCCGCGAAGCUGCAGGCCCUUCCUCACAGAGGUGAGUGCUGGCUUCCCAAGUGAGGAGCAGCCUCCGGCUCCCUGAGCAGGGACGCGACAGUGCCCAGCGAUGCUCCUCUGCCUAUGUGUGAGCCCAUGCCCAGAGGGCGACCGGGGUCCUCUGCUCCAGCAAGGAGAGCCCACGGGGCCAGGAUGGAGGAGCCAGGUAGUUACUAGCAGGACAGAGGGGACCACAGAGCCAGAGAGGCAGGGACGACCUUUUGGUGCAAUACAGAGAGGCUGCUGGGAAGGAGAAGUGGUGUAAACUGAGGGACUGGGGAGUGUGGGGCGAAGGAGCUUGCAUGUCCCAAAAAAAGACUUAAUUGCAUGUCGACAGUUGCUAGAUAACAGUGUCUUUCCCUCUUGGUUGCUGCUCAGUGAAGGACAAUUUGUUCUAAUGAUAGCACAACACGGGGAAGGCUCGUUAGGAGAUAGGCUGUUGGCGCUCCCCGCCUGAGCGCCGUGUUACUCAGGGCUGGAGGAAGUUUUGCAGCAAAUCGAGCUGCAGUAAUAAUUACGCUCCUUCACAAUGAUCAUUGUGUUGUGUUUCAGGCGGCUCCCAGGCUUUUCCCCCCAUCCUCUCCUAGCCGUCACUGUCCAGCCCAUGGCCACCUCUCAGCAUCAGGAAGACCUGCCCUGAGUCACCUCUCCUCCGUGGAGCAUUACUGCAAAGGGAGCAAGGGGCAGCCAGCUCUGGGGUGGAGGGGGUCCCAGCUGAAGGAGCUCCCUUGAGGCAGGAGCACGGUGGGGUGCUGCCACUGUGGGCUGUCACCCAGGCAUCAGAUCCCUGCUGCCAGAGGUGGCACAGUGCCGUGGUGAGGCUGCCAAAACCACCCACCAUCCCUCCAUGGCCUCGUGUCCCUGGCUGAGCCCUGUUGAACACCAGCCAGGAUUUAGACUUGCUAAAGCAAGCAAUCCCAGGAGGUCCCCACAGUCAGAUGGGGAGAUGCCAGGAGACUGGAACGCCUCCUCUGACAGCCUGGAGCUGCGAGCUGCAGGGGUUAUCGUGCCUGUCAUCUUCUCCCUCAUCUUCCUCCUGGGCACUGUGGGGAACGGGCUGGUGCUGGCCGUGCUGCUGCGGAACGGCCAAGCCAAAUACAAUACCACCAACCUCUUCAUCCUUAACCUGGCCAUGGCCGACCUGUGCUUCAUCAUCUGCUGCGUCCCUUUCCAGGCCACCAUUUACACCCUGGACGGGUGGCUCUUUGGGGCCUUUGCCUGCAAGGCUGUGCAUUUCCUGAUCUACCUCACCAUGUAUGCCAGCAGCUUCACCCUGGCCGCCGUCUCCGUUGACAGGUACCUGGCCAUUCGCUAUCCACUGAAGUCCCGGGAUCUUCGUACCUCCCGAAAUGCAGGAGUGGCCAUUGUAGCGAUCUGGUCGCUGUCGCUGCUCUUUGCGGGGCCUUACCUCAGUUACUACCAGAUUGUCCAUUACCACAGGGUGCCCAUCUGCGUCCCCAUCUGGGAGGACCAGCGCCGAAAGAUUCUGGACAUCCUCACGUUUGUCUUUGGGUACCUGCUGCCUGUGACCGUGGUGAGCCUGGCAUAUGCCAGGACCAUCAAGUUCCUGUGGACCUCCGUAGACCCCAUAGAAAGGAUCUCAGAGUCCCGGAAGGCCAAGCGUAAAGUCACCAAGAUGAUUGUGGCUGUGGCCAUCCUGUUCUGCCUCUGCUGGCUGCCCCAUCACCUGGUCAUCCUGUGCUUCUGGUUUGGCCACUUCCCCUUCAACCGAGCCACUUAUGCUUGCCGCCUGGCUUCCCACUGCCUUUCAUAUGCCAACUCCUGCCUCAACCCCAUAGUCUAUGCCCUCAUCUCCAAGCAUUUCCGCAAGCGUUUCAAGCAGGUCUUCACCUGCCUCUUCUUCCAGACAAAGACCAGGAAGAAGAAGAGAGUUGGAAAGAAAGUCCACGUGGUCAAUGUGGGCAAAGGUUUCACCAACAGCACCAGAGGUUUCUAUGGAGGCAACACUGAGGUGACCCAGGUCCCAGAGGAGAACACCAGGAAGAUGGACCCUGAAGGUGCCAGUCAUGAUGCCAGAGCAUGGACUCACCAGCUACAAGAUGCCAUGGUCUCUGUGCAGAAGGAGCUGCUGGAGGAGGAAAGUUUGGCAACAGCUGGCCAUCCCCUAGCCAUGACCCUUCCAAGAGGAACUGAGGAGUUUCUGACGGUUCAUUACAGAUGAGCGAAGUGAAGAAGCCCGUUUUCUGGCCUGUGAGUAGCCACUCCAUUUCCAAAUGGGCAGAAUAAUGUGGGACAGAUGGGAAUGGACACAGCAGAGCCACCGAAACCUCCUGUGGCAAUGGUUAACCCAUUGUCCCCACUCACCAGCAUUCACUGGCCCACAGCAUUCAUACAGGUAUGGUACAAUUCACCCAUGCAGUGUGGAGUGAUGCCAGCUGACCUGGGUGGCGUUCCUGCAACAGGUUUUAAGGCCUCCAUUUCCCAUCUUCCUAACUUGCUAAUUUUGCACAGCACCUUGAAACUCUAAGAGGGAGGCAACUAAAAUGAACACAUCCUGGUAGGAAAUCCGGGCUGUUAAGGGCACAUCAGAACAUGGGUGGGAAGGGUAGAGAGAAUGCACGGGGACCUGAAUGUCAAUAGGGUAGCUGGCAGCCUCUCUCCCUGGCAGGGCUGGGGUACUGUGCCCACCCCCAAGCGGUAAAACGCUGACCCCUGCCCCCAUGCCCCUUUCCCAUGGUGCAGGGGCAGCCCCAUCCCACCUCCAUCCCUUUCCCUAUCCCCUACAUCCUGAUGAGAGGGCCUUUGCCACGCUGUCUCACGUGCAAGGAAGCCGGCCGUCUGUGCCAACAGCUGGGUGAUGCAAACUCUGCGGCAGUCAGGAGUCAAACUCAAAUGAUUUAUGCCACAGCAGGUGAAGACUGAGAAGGCUUGUGUGCUGACACCUCUGCGUGCCUCCCCUCCGCACCCGUGGCUUCUCUGAAGUUCAAGGAGGAAAGGACCAUCUGUCCAGCCUCUUUCCUCCACCCUGCUCCACCAGAAGUGCUUGCUGGAGGGUAUUUCCUAGAGCUCUCUCUCGCCUGGCUUUAGCUCUUCCAAGCAGAUCCUGCAGGACACUGUCCCACUUCCUAAUGCUGCCUGUGGUCCAGAAAUAUUUCCUGACAGCCUCCCCCAGUUCUUCCUAAACAAACCUGGUAACUUAACUCCUCCUUGCACCACGUUCUUCCACCUGAUCCACCCCUCUGCUUACUUUCUGUUUGCCUUUUGCAAAUUCCCGAGGGAUUGCUGCCUCCUCUUCGAUCUUUGCUUGCUACUCAGAGUUUCAUCCCUCCCUUCUGGGGCUGAAGGACCUGUUGCUCUCUGAGCAGAGACAUUAUUCAUAGAUAUUAACCCCAUGUGUGUGGUUUACUGGCUUGGCCAGGCAGUUUUUUCCAUGUGAUGGUGAUGAUUGUGAGUGAAUUGAUGGCUGUCACUGAAGCAGAAGAAAGUGGCUGAGCUGCAAAACAAGCUGUGGAGCUGGGUGACAGUUGUGGUGAGGUGAAGGAGAAAGAAACAGACCCAUGUGCGCUUAGUUCAAUCCUAUCUCCUCAGUACCUCUUUCCACCUGGUGGAGGUGGUUUCUAGGAGAGCGUGAGGCCAACACUGCUCAGCGGGUUGGGACAUCUUCCAAAAUGGCCACUGCUGUGGGAUUACUGUGGGGCUCAUGUCUGCCUGGGAGCAAAACUUUCCCCUGCUCUGUCCCCUGCUGCCCUGAGCAGCAGUGGAGGAGCCUUUGGCUGUGGUAACAGCUCAACGACACCUGGCAGCAGGGCCAAGCAUCCCCCCGGCCUGACCACAGGAAGGAUGAGAAGUGCUGAGGGGAUGCCGUGGUGGGACAAAAAUCACAUUCGCCAGAAGAUGCUGGAAUUUCUCUCCUGCUUUACCUGAAUAAACCCCAGUAAUUUCCUUCGCUUGCCACAUUUGCUGUGUGCUGGAUGCAAUCAUUGCCCGGUGCGGGGCUCUGCAGUUUGGGCUGGAGGCGGUGGAGGCUGUACAAGCCUCCUGACCACAGUCUGGGGCUCCCAAGUCACUUAGCAGGGCAUCGUUUGUUUUAUUUGACUUUGCAGGCACUGCAGAAGUGUACAAAAAAACCCCCAAAGCUGAGGGUUUUAAGAUGGAUCCAGCGCUGAUGGUGUUCAAGGGAAAGUCGUAGGAGAGGGACAGACAGAAGCAGAGAGAGGGAAAAGGAGGGAGGGUGAGAGGACAGAUGGGGGGGCAAUAUAAAUGAUAAAUGUGUGGCAGGAGCCAUCCACAGGGACAGAAAAUGGCAGUGAGAAAGCAGGGCGAAGUGAGGGGCUAGAAGCAAAGGGCAGAAGGGAGGACGGGGGGGCACGAGGGAGGUGGGAAGCAAUGCGCUGGCAGAGCACCCACAUUUUGGCAGAGGCCUUCUCCCCACCCCAGCAGUGUCACACUGCUCCUGAGCUGGGGUGAGCAUCACUCGGCUGUGUUGGACCCCAGCCCCACGGCAGCUUUCUCUGGCGUUUUCCUGCAUCAUCGGGCUGCCAGAGAAGCCCAAAAAACCACCAUCCGAGCAAGGGCUUUGAUCAGUCUGGCUCACAUGGGAGGGAGCUGGUGGGAUUUGCAUCGCGGCAAUGCCAUGAUUUGCCGCCUGUGCCUGGCAGCGGUAGGCCUGGGCCUGUGGCUGACUUCACACGGCUCUGGUUUUGUCACGUAGUCAUGACAUGAGUGGAGAAGGACAGAGCAGGGUACUCGGCUUCCCCAGUGUGCCAAAUCCGCAUGCCACGAGUAAUCACUGGGGCCACGAGUAACCACCUGAGGCCAUCCUCUGCGGGGAUGAGACAGCUUCACUGAGGGGACACAAACUCCGCGAUGCCACCUGGGAUGUGAAUGCAAGUGGGACCGAUCCUGCUUCGUUUGCCAGCACAGGUGCAGCCCCUGAGCAUCAGUCCUGCGGCUUGGGAGCUUUCGGUGAUACUGUAGGACAAGCCCAGCAAGAAGCCCUAGGAAGGGGACAAAGACAAGUCACCUGACAGACUGGGAGGGGGAAAAGGGACUGUUUUUUCUGGCCAGGCAAGCCCUGAGGAAUGAAAAGGGACCAGGCUGUGGAAGGACCUCCAUGGUGAGAGGCGAGGGAGAAAUCUGCAUUAGCAUCACACUUCCUGACCACAUUCCAGGGGCUUUGCUUUCCUCCAGGAGAGGCCAGGAUCAUCAGGCCCACACCUUAUCCCCACUGAGAUGGUUUGCUGUUGGCAGCGAAAGAGAUGGGCUUGCUCAUUCAGACCCGUUAAACUGAGCUCAAGCCCCACAGGGUUCCUGAGCAACUCCCUCCACAAUCCUGCAGCCAGCACUGGGAUGCCUCAGCCGCAAAUCAUCAGACCUGCCACUCCCCCAGCUCAAUACUUACAAUAAAGUUUAUAUGAUUGCAACAGCCCUCCUUUUCCUUACUUACAUAGGGCAUUUAAUUAGUGCUGUGUGGCUCCCGAUUGUGUAACUCUUAACGUGAAGCAGCUCUUCACCCAUAAUGCCCUAAGAGCAGGUGAAAGAGGGAGAGCUUGGCAGAAGGUGUUUAGUGAAAGCAGUGACAUUGUGGGACACUCCAGACUUCCAUGCUGAAGCUGGGAAACAGUUACAGGUCAUCAUGGCAGCAGUAGGUUUCAGAGUGAACAUGUUUGCCCUGAGCGAGGCAGAUCAUUCUCCUUCCUCAGCAGUUCACUUCCCACAGCCCCACUGCCCACAGCCAAGCAUGUGCAUGGAGAUAUCCCUCCUAGCGAAGUCCUACAGGCUGACUUUCCAGGUGGAGAUGCAAGGGCUGGGUGCUACGGCAGUCUCCGUAGCCUGGAAAUCUGCAGGGACGGCACUGCUCACUUUCUAGCUAAUUAAAACAGCGAGGGAGCGAACGCUGGGGAGCUCCAGCCAUCAGGGAGAAGCCAUUUACUGCCAGCCCGCUGAUCAUUGCCAACAUGAGCCUGAGGCAAAUGCGAGGUCGUUGGAGGCUGCCCAGCCCCGUCAGUGGUGCCCUGAGCCCCACACGGGCUGCAGAAGUCGCCGGUGUCCUCGCUUGUCCCCAUGCACAGUGGGACCUCAGCAAGGCAGCUGGAGGCUGCAUCCAAAGCAAAGGGGUUUUGGCCCCAUCCUUGCCCUUCGACACUCUCAGUGCUGUAGGUGAUGUAUGGCAGGGAUGGGGGACAUCAAGCAGCAAGGGGCUUGCAGAGCUGUGGUGUGUGUGAGCAGAGCCACAAGUCCCUUUAUUUCUUUUCUCUUCUCUUUCCGUCCCCUGCUUCUGCUUGCGUAAAUAUUCCCUUAUUGCUUUGUCCGGCCUGCUCUUAAAAUUCCCAGGUGAUGUGGUAUUUCUAACCCUCGCUGAAGCUGUUGCACACCUUGCUAGAGCUCAGCUCCAAGGAUACCCCUUUCCCUGUGUGAAGGCCAGCCGAAGCGCUGUGCUGGGAAUUAUUUUUUUUUUCCAUUCAAGUGUUUGAUGCUGCUCUCUGCACCUUGAGCCUCCCUCGUCUCCUGUCCCUGUUUCUGAUUUCUCGAGCUCCCUUCUGCUCCUCUGCAGCCGAUGCUUUUUGGCAACGUGUCCAGCGUGCUUUGCCUACCUUCCAGGGGAUGGCUAGUCCUGCAGCUGCGAUGCAUGCAAUGCCGUGGCUAGUGGCCAGCUUGCAUGGCCUCAAGCAGCCCCCAGGUAACACGAAUAUCUGCAUCGUUUCUGGGGAUGAGGCCUCACUUCACAGCCCAAAGGGAACAGCCAUCGGGAACAGUGAAGCGGCACAGCCUGAACGCUGCUUGUUCUUGCCCGCUUGCAGCCGGGCUGUUGCUCACUCUUGAUCCUGCUCCUCCUGGUCCUGGCUCGUAAAAGGAGUGGAUCAGGUCAGGACUGACUGCUGCCCACUGUGGUGAAGCCUACAUAAAACAGGACAGAGAAGACAGGGAGGAAACCUGGGGGAGAAGGUGCAUUCAGUGUGGCAAGCAUCUGCAAUGCAUAAGCUCUGCCUGGUGUUAAGCCCUGAUUUUGGGGAGCACGUGAGUGGGAAGGGCAGAUGCUGAGCCUGGCUCAGGGAGGCUCUGGAGCCAGGAUGGAAUUCCUGUCUGCCCAGUAACAGUGUGCACACUCUAACUCGUUUCACAGCUCAAAGGUAGAGGUGAAGAAAAGGUGUCAUGUCCUUGACAUAGAACUGGGUUUAAUUAAAACUGAAGGAGCUUGAUUGCUGCUUUCCACACAGCCUCCCCACCAGACUGAUUAGCACUCUGCAAUCUCCGCUCCCAGCUUCUUGCCUUAAUUAAUGACUCCUUGCUUAUAUUUUCUCUCCUACUUGUCAUCACUCGGGCUGACAAGCUUGGCUUUAACCCCACAGCGGCCGGUUUGCUACACCCACUGAGCACAGCCACGCCGGGAGCUGGGAUGGGGCAGAGGGAACGGGAGAGGCAAGGGCAGGCUGGGGCUUUGUGGCUAGUGGUUGGCACCAGCCCCCCCGCAAGCCAGGCGUAGCCACCCUCUGCGAGCAACUUAGUCCUGCCAGCUGUGUGCCGGCCCUGGUGCCCGCGCACCUCCCCAGCACGCGUGCCACGAGCCUGAUGCUGCUGGGAGGUGUCAGACCGCCGGUACCAAGAAACAAACCUGCAAAUCCAACAGCCCUGGUGGGGGUUUCCCUGUCUGCAGGCACAUGGGGCUGGGGGAGGCAGAAGGCCAGGGGAAGCUGUUACAAGGACGGCUCCUAAUUCCAUGGUGGAGCAGUGGGCUCAAGCGCUGCCCUUGCACUCAUGGGGACAGGACCUUGUAGAGAGACGCUGCAGACAGCCAGGAGAGCACGGCAAAUGCACCUCGCGGCAAGACAGCCUUGCCGGCCAGAGAGGCAAUGGUGUGAUAGGGGCGGUCAGGGCACGUAGUACUAUGAGCUAUAGAGAAUUCUGCUUAUUUGCUUUUGAAUUUUGCUGCUGGUUCCUAAUCCAUGGCCAUCCUUAGCAGGCUGCCAGCUGAUUAUUUUAAUUCUUCCAACAACCACAUGCUCUCUUCCCCUCUAAGAGCUUUCAGGAAAGCCCAGAGGAAUGCUAUCUAUAUGUCCUAUCUCCUUUAUCAGCUUCCUAAUCGAAAUUGCUGGGCCCUGAGCUGACAGGGCUGCUCUCCCACGCUGGCCAAGCACCAUGCACGAAGAAGGCAUCUUUCUGCAAGUACCUUUCCAUGACGGAGGAGAUCUGUCUUGCUCAUGGAAUGAGCGGAGGAAGCAGAUGAAAGAGUGGGAGGUUUGCCAGAGGUGCUUCAUGGGACUUCUUUAGCAGCGCAGAUAAUUACAAUGAUGGAUUUCGAGUCUGCUAGAAAGGCAAAGGUGGAGGAGGUAGUGGAGUUCAGAUGUUGGCUCAACACCCUGGAGCUUAAUUAUUUCAGCUGCUGAAGGGUGGAACAGAUUCUUGAUGUUCGCACAUACUGCAGUGUGCUUUUUUGUGUUCACUUGCAUGGUGAGUGGCCAUUUGCUCAACAACAUCCAUGCAGCUUUGUUGGGAGACUUUGUUCAAGGAUGUUGCUUCUGCUGUGGGUCCUCAGUGAGCCACAAGCAGGUUUUCAGUGUUUGCUGGCUUGGAUGAGCCAGAUCCUCAGCCUGGCUGGCUUUGGUUGCAUCUUACAGCACAGCAGCAGCUGCAGAG